AGUUUCCCCGCACCACAUGUAGCUGAUAAAUUAUGGCGGUAUCCAAUAUAUUUCCAAAAAAAGUUGUAUUUACGUUAUGUAUUCUAAUUUACACAACAUUUCCCACUGCGGAAACAUCACGAUUAAAUGUUCCUCGUGUAUUACUACCAGUUUUCAACAACUUCCCAGUCAACUUUACCUUAGAAGUAACCGAAGGAGGUUGUUACCAAUGGUCGACAUCACGUCUGGAUGUUGUUCAUCUGAUUCCCAUGAAUGAGAAUCAAGACAGAACAUGUUCAUCAGCAGUCCUAGUCCAGAGUAUAACCAGAGAGCUCACCAGGAAUACAGCAAUCGUUCUCGCAGAGGACGUGAACACCGGGCAAUUUUUGAGGUGUGACGUUAUUGUAGACGCAAUUUACUCGCUCAAUCUCGUGACAACUACCAGGGAAUUGUUCAUCGAAGAGGCCCCAGAGGCCUUUGAGGUACGAGCUUACGAUGAGCAGGGAAAUGAAUUCACGACUCUGGCUGGGGUGGAGUUCGAGUGGACCAUUGGAAACGGAGAGAGGUACAGCGUUCAAGGGGACAUUGGCAACAGCAUUCUGAGAUUCAUGACCUUCCAGGAGUCACCCUAUGAAACCCUACUGCAACAGUCAACGUUAAUGCUGUUGAGUACAUCACAAUAACAGUAUUGCCCAAUCGAAACAGGGGAUUGAUUCUGGCUCAUACUCACGAAAUCGUUGUCGAAUUAUUCGACGCUAAAGAUCAUAAAUUUCACAUUGGUGAGGGUGUGGAAGUCUCUGUUGAGAUUGAUCCGAAAUUCUUCAAUACGAUAAGCAUCACUCAGAAUGGUACUCAUAUAAUUGGAAUUCCCAUUGCCUGCGGUACGACAACUGUCGGUGCUACAUUGCAUGGAGUCAUCAAUAAACGUGGGAAGAAAAUCGCAUUGCCAACGCCACUGACUGCUAAAGCUGAAUUAAUCAUUCAUACACUGGUUACAGUGAGUCCUCAGGUGUUGGCUGUACCUUGGGAGCCACAGAGCAAAGCUAGAUUUGAUAUUGCCCUGAAGGCAAUCGGUGGUGAUGGAACGUACGUCUGGUCGACACGGACUCCCUCCAUCGCCUCAGUAACUCAGAACGGUGUUGUACGAAUUCUCUCUCAAGGUACCACUGACGUGAUCGUCUCCAUGGCACGCAACAGCUACAACAAGGAUCGAGCUAGAGUCUACGUGAUGCCUCCCUCACGUCUGGAGAUCAUUCAGUACAACAUGGACGCAGCUAUUGGUGAGCCCAUUCACCUAUUUAUAGCUCUUUAUGGAAAAAUUCAGGACGACGGCAAGGAAAUCCCAUUCACGGACUGCAGGGACACCUCCUUCGAGGUUCACAUCACAGACUCCAACUUCAUCCGGAACUCCACAGACUUCAUUCAACCGAUUGGCACUGCGUGUGCCACUCUGACAGUCGUAGGGACUACAAUCGGUUCCUCAGGUGUCACAGUUGCCUACAACUCCAACGGGGAAUAUCUCAUGGAUAACGUCACAGUUUCUGCAUACGCCCCCUUGAUUCCCGUCUAUCCGUCAAGUGGAGAGACUCUCCUGGCAGUUGGAUCCUCCCGAAAAAUCAUCUUCAAAGGCGGUCCCCAACCAUCACCAGGAAAUCUUAAGGGAUUCACAAGAGAAUCGUCGAUUUCUGAGGAAGAAAUUGUGAGAAUUUCAGAAGUUGAUACCACUGAUGGAUCCUCAGAUGUCACCAUCUUCGAGGUUGUUUGCAGAGCCCUGGGGGAUGUUAUCUUCACCUUCAAGGUCUCCAACGAGCCACUGCUCCCCAACUGCAGGAGCACUGGUGCCACAGCUGCUGUCAGAAUAAUAUGUGGAAAACCCAGGCACAUUUACCUCCAGCCCGAGUUCAAGGACAGCGACAAGUGUCCUAUCACUAAGAACCCUGAGACAGUCAUGGCGCACUCCGACAAGCCCCUUUACCUCAAUGUCAUCGUCAAGGAUGAAAGUGGCAGACGAUUUGACAAUUUUACGAGUCUAAACGUCGAAUGGACUCUUAAUCCUUCAGGAGUUGGAACCGUCGAGGUGACGACAGGAAUCCUAGAGGAAACUCUCGUGGAUUUCAAUGUAGUGCUUCCUAAUAAACAUUAUCAGAGAGUAAUACCGAAAAAGCACACAGGGACUCUAACCAUAACUGCCAGAGUGAUUGAUUACCAGAAAUAUAUUCUAUCCAAGUUACGAAUAGCUCCAGAAUGGCCACCAUUUCCAGUAAUGACUGAAAAGGGAACUCUGGCAACUCCAAAGAUAUUAGCUGAGAUCAGUGUUGUCCUGGUGAACGACACAAAAAUCACCCCCAGCAGAUUGAAAAUCCUCAAUGACCCAAACGUCAAGUACUCCUUGCAGGUGAACCAGGGCUCAGGAUAUUACGAGUUCGUUCUCAGUACUAAUGAAAUAGCUGACGUGAGGUACGUGGAGCCCACCAGAACCAUCAGCAUCAUCCCAAAGAAAUCGGGAACACUCCAGAUAGCUCUGAUAGACCUCUGCUUGAUCUCCCCUCCAGCAGUGGCUGAAGUAGAUGUCCAGCAAUUAGCUGGAAUUGAAGUGGAAAGUGUGAAUAAAGUGGAGAAAGGUCGAUGUAUCCCAGCAACUGUCAAAUUAUUCGACACCAACGGAAAUGUCAUCGAGUUACCUUCCCUUGAGUCCUUCGACAUUCGCUCGGAUGUCGAUAAUUCACUGAUUGAAGUUAAAAAAUUAUCUCCGAUUGACCAGGGUGACGCUCCUUACUCUAAAAUUCUUUACAUGAUUCAUGGAGUGGAGGAAGGAUUCUCCAAUAUCAUCUACUCGAGUGGCUUCAGCGAUCAGGAGAUCAGGAGUGAACCAACGUCGAUCCAAGUGUUUCUACCCCUGAGGAUCACCCAGAGGAACAUUACAAUUCUAAUAGGAACUGUUUACCAAGUGCUGACUACAGGUGGGCCCUCAAAUGCUAGGGUAGAAUUCGCUGUUGAUCAUGAGGAUAUCCUGACAAUGUUCACCGAUGGGAUUUUCGAGGGCAAGGAGAUUGGGAGCACUAGAGUCGUGGCUAGAGCUAUUGGCUUUGACUCCAGAGGGAAUCGAGUAGUUUACUCCGAGGAUCACGUGGACAUUCGUGUAGUCCAACUCGAGGGAGUGAGAAUAGUCGUCCCUACAUUCAAGAUCAAGGUUGGAGCUACGAUUCCUCUCUGGGCAUUUGGAGUUCCUGACAAUCUUACACCAUUGAUCAUUGGAUCUAUGAAGUCUCAACUGAUAUUCACGUGGUCGACAAACGACCCCAGUUUACUAACUCUUCACAAUAUGUAUGAAGGCACUGGAAUCAACAUCAGGUAUCAGAACGAAGUGACACUUCGUGCCAAAGCCCUGAAACCUGGAGUUGCCACUGUUUACCUCAACGUCACUGUUCCACCGAAGACUCGAGCCGGUUACAAAGACUCUUCGACGUUCGGUACGUUCAUUAAAAUUGAAAUAAUUGAAGAAUUAUCAUUAACAAGUCCAGAAUUCACCACCGGAGCUCCAGUGAUCCUCAUGACACCUCAUUCGACUCUGAAAUUGAGAACUAAUCGAGAUCAACAUGGAGUCACCACUUACAAAAUUCUAUUAUCUGGACAAACUGGAGAGUCUGAGGAUUCGAACGCAUUGAUAACAUCUAAAACAGUAACUGUGGAUAAAGCUGGAGUGAUUAAAUCUGGAGAAUCCCUGGGGAGAACUGUGCUAUCAGUAACGAAUGUUGAAGCUUACAAUUUGAAACAAUCGCUGACAAUCAUUGUAGAUGUCAAACCAAUCCACUACAUGAUGUUCUCACUGUCCUCGAAGGUGCAGAUAAGAUCUGGAGAGGAAUUGAAUAUUCUUCCAAAAGGAAUGGAGCUGAACUACAUCGUCGAGUACUUCGAUUCGAUUGGAAAUAAAUUUCACGCAGCUGAGACGAGUCUCAAUACAAUAACAAAUCGAGGAGAUUUAUUGUCGUUCACUCCAAUACGAAAGAACGAGAUAUCAGUGAGAUUCCAUGAGACUGGAGAGUUAGUUGCCAAGAUUUUUAAUGAGAAGUAUCCAAAUGCUAUGUUUGAUUACGCCCACAUGAUGAUUGGAGAUAUAAUUUUUCCAAGUAAAACAGUUUUAACAGUUGGUGACGUUGUCUGCUUCUCGAUGCCUCUGUUGUCAUCGGAGACUGGUGACCCUGGCUUCUGGAGAUCUUCCAACUCAGAUGUUUUGACAGUUAAUUCAAUCACUGGAAUUGGCAGAGCGAAGAGUCCUGGACAGACAAUCGUUAAACACAGUUUGACAACUGAUAAACAAGGGGAGAUUGAGGUAAACGUUCAGCCCAUCUCCAAGAUUUCUCUGGUGUUCCUGAGGGGAAAAAAUGUGACAGACAGUGAAGUGUUCAGUGUUCCUCUGGUUCUGAAGAGUAAGGACGAAGGGAUAAAGGAGAAUAAUGUUCUGGCUAGGGGCCUUGGGGGCUGCAGGACGCGUUCUAAUUUCGUUCUCACUCAUUUUCCAUUCACCUGCAGCAUUCAAUUCACUUCUACCUCCUCUGUGAACAUCAAGGAUGUCUUCAUCACUAAACCAAGAUUUGAUAUUGUUUCUGGAUUUUAUUACUGCGAUAUUAUACCCAUUGGUGGUCCCACGUCGACGUCAAGUGUUUUGGAGACGAAGAUUCAAGUUAAUGCACAGACUAGGGAUGUCGAGGGAAAGCCACUGGAGAUUCCUUAUCUUCCGGCUGUUUUUGUUGGAUCUAGUGAUGUUGUGUUUGUUCAGGAAGGAGGACAAAUUCCCACUUCUGCGUUGGAAGUUCAUGGACUUCCUGGAGUUCUUGAAUACGUCAAUAUCGAAAUGCCUGAGGGGGUGGUUGUUAAUUCCAGGGAAAUGGCGGGGAGUAAGAUAAUUUUUAAAUUGAGAUUGAUGCAGAAUGUCGAGGAUGUGCAGGGGCAGAGGUUGAGGAUUAUUAAUGAAAUCACCAGACAGAAUAUCUCGGUGAUUGUCAGGACAUCGAGGUAUGAGGAUUAUGUGGCUAUCUCUGGGAUUCAUUGGGUGGAUUAUCUUUAUUAUCACAGGUAUACUUUUAUCACUUUUCUUGUUCUCAUUUUGACGAUCGUUUAUGUGUGGAAGAGAAGGGUUUCUAGUGUCGAUGUUUCGGUUUUGAAUAACAGUGUUUUUGCGGAUAAAUAUCCACCUCCGUUGAGAAAUUCGCCGAAUCACACGUUGAAUACGUCGUUCAGUGAGUCGGUGGGAUCUAGUCCUAAGAGGAGUCCUGAGUCACCUUUGAGGCCUUUUUCGGCUUUUGUACCGGUUUAUGGGGAUCCUAGGGGAUUUUACACUCCCAAUGGGAGACGGAGAGUUUCUCUCAAUCCAACGAUUUGAAGGAUGCGAACGAGGGAGAUUAAGUACUUGUGAUAAUCUGACGGUUUGGGGUGUUGUGGGGGAUAUUAUCAAUUUUCUUAAGGGAUUUAUAAAAUUUUAGGUGACGAGGAAGGGGAAGUUAAUGAUUUCCUUUGCUUUUAAUUUUUAUUUUUCGGUUUAGGAGAGAUGAGGAAAAUCAUGGAAUGAAGGAUUUUAAAAACAAUCUAGACAUUUUUUUGAGUUAAUUUUUCCAAAUUACAAAACGAGAUUUUGACAGCUCAACAUUAAAUUAUUGGUAGUGGAAAUAAAUAAUCGGUUGUUGGAAAAUUUUCGAGUUUCUUUGAAAUAUUUUCUCAUCUCUCCGUAGAGUUGCAAAGAACUAGAUUAAAUUGAUUCCAGAGACCAUUAUAAAAGUCAGAAAAACCAGUGGAGAGGAAGGGUGGGCCAAAAUGAACACAGAAAUUAUUUUUAAUAAUCGUAACAGAGAAAUAAAUUAAUCAAUAAAAUGGAAUCUUUGGCGAAUUGAUAAACUAGGAUGAAUACAUUUUUUUGAGGUCAAUUUUUAGUUAGUAUCUGAGAAUUGAAGGGAAAAAGCGAUAUUUUUGUAUAUUCAUUUUUUAUAGAGGAAAAUGAAAACAAAAAAGGUGUCUAUAAAGAUAUUUGUACUUUUCUUCUCUCUCUUAUCGAAGAGAGACGGUUCAUUGAUCCUAGUCUAUCACUUCGCAAUAGUAAUUUAAUUUUAUCCAUCGUUGUACAAAUUUUCUGUGCCCCCCUACGUCGUAUUUAAUCGCGUUGUCUCAUUGAAGCAUUACAUGUACAGGUUUUGUUUUGUGUGAAAAAGCUGAAGUAUCAUAAACUAUUUAAUAAGGUAGAUUUGUACUAUUUUGAGCUUUUUUUCUAUUUCUAUACAUAAAACAUUGCCUACCGCCAUUGAAUAACUUAAGAUAUAUUUUUCUACGUAAUUAAUGACAAGCCAUUAUCCGCACUGACUCACCGGGAGACAGUUUAAUUAUUUAAAUUCUCAAUUGAAAAAUGAUUACACGCAUUUUUCAAAAUAGACGGACUAUGAUGAAUAUUUCAUUCAACGUUUUUUUAUCGUUUCAAAUGAUACAUCAUAUUGCUUAAUAUAUUCCAAGACUAGGUCGUGAGAGCUUUCCUGGUGAAGAUGAAAAUUUUUCAUAGUCGUGUAUCGAAUAAUAUUUUUUUUUUAUUCAGUCCGCAGGCAAUCGUCUUAAUUCACGAACUGAGUGACAAAAAUUUUUGUAAUACAUGAAGCGAAAUAUUCUUGUUGAACAAAACAUCGCAGACAGACUUGGAUUUUUAUAGAAAAAAUGGUGUUUAUGUCAGGGAUACUAUACCACGAUACCGCGUGUUCAUAUAGUACUUAAUAAGUAUCUUUAAGAUUUGAGAACUUAAGAAAAUUAUCAAGUGUGAGAAGAAGUAUGUGUGAACACGUGAGAUAUAAUUUGUGACUGAAUUUAAUACAACUCUGAAUGAGUCAUUGACGGCUUCAUCUUUGUGAAUAUAACUUGUUGU